AUGAAGUUGUUUCAAUAUGAUUCUUCAUCAAGGCCAUCUACACCAGACCCAUUUAGUGAUGAUGGAGAGUAUGGUUCCGAUAACGACUAUGAUCCAGGAUAUGAUGAUAAUACAGACAGCACUAGCACUGUUAGUGAUCACACAAAGCAACGUGAAAAGAAACAACUAAAGAAACGUUCCAAGGACAACGCAACGAGGUCACAUGGUAAACGUAACUCUGAAAGCAGUGUAAGUAGCAGCUCUGAUUCUGACGAUCGAACCGAAGGCUUUAGCGAGUGCACGGAUGUAUGUGAUAGCGAUGACAACGAGGAUGAUACAAAUUCGAUAUCGGCAGAAUCUAGUGAUGAGAGUAUUUUUGACAGUAGAAAGAGAAAAAGAAGGGGCAGAGUUCCUCUUUAG